AUGCAGCCUGUGGUUGUGCUUUCUUUCAGGUACGAUGAGUGUGUUGGGCCCGGAGCAGCCCAAAUCUACCUUCCAACAGAAGAUCCUCCACCUUAUUCUUUGAUAGACCCUUGUCAGCAGAACGAUGUCUCUACGAACAAUUCCUUGGAAGAAAGGGGAUCUACCAGUACAACAACGGGGUGGGAUUCCGAGGGUUGGGUUAGGAUACAGGACCUGCAUCCACCUUCCACGGCCUCGUCAUCGUCCUUCCCAACCGAAACCGCUCCACCGUACGAGGCUGUUGUGGGUGAACAGAACAUUCCUCUCCCACAAGCCUCACUCGCUCUGCUGAAAGCUUCAGCAGAUUAUCAUCGGACACUUUUCGACAGAAUAGGGUAAACGAAUUACACCGUGGGGGGGGGACAUCUUGCAAGGUGAAGAUGCACGGAAAGAUGAACUGAUCGCCCGCCCGCCAGUUGACUUGCAACACAACUUUUCUCUUUUUCUACUUCGAAGAGGGCUAGGCUGGGCUGCUUUUGGAGACACGGGUUUCAUUUUCUUUCUUUGGUGGAACAUCUUUUGGAAAGCUGGCCUCUCUAUGCCUUUUGCACCGUUUCCUCUCCCACUUUGAAAAGGGUAAAACACCAAAAUCGAUGCUAAGGAAGGCGGACAUCUCCGAAGCAUUUUUAUAAUGUCUCCUGCUCACCCAGGGGCAUAUGGAACUGUCCAUUCUUGUUGGAUCUUCCCUGGUUCGGGAGGAAAAGUUUGCCCAGAAUCCACUUUGAUGAGAUGGGCAACUCUAUA